UGUAGUGUAGCGACCCACCUUGUAUCGCCUGGGCGUCAUGCGCGCAGCUGGCGCAGCCUCGUGUCCUUUGUUUGUAUCGAUCACGAUUCUUUGUGUUUAAACUAUGGAAGUGAAUGUGUAGUUCUGUGUCUAAUUAGUCAGAAAGUCCUGCAUCAUGGCUUGUGAGUCCAUAUCCUUGGAGACUACUUCCACGUCUCUGACGGAAGACUCUUCGCUUAACAUUUCAUUUGGAAACCUUAAUUACACGGUCCGACAAGGCAUUUUUAACAGAGGACGCAAGGUGAUCCUGAGCGAUUUGAGCGGCACCUUCAACUCCGGCGAGCUGACCGUCAUCGUGGGCCAGUCAGGCGCCGGCAAGAGUACACUCAUGGACAUCCUAGCUGGAUACAGAAACGAGACGCAAGGCAAGAUCUACGUAAACGGAAGGAUCCGCAAUCUCAAAUGGUUUCGGAGGCGGUCGUGCUAUAUCCUGCAAGAUGACAAAGUACAAGACAUGCUGACCAUUGAAGAAUCCCUAACCAUUGCAGCUGAGCUCAAACUAGGAAACCAUAUUAGUAAAGAACAAAAAACUAGACGAAUAAGAGAGAUUAUAACUGCCCUCGGACUACGUGAGGUCCGGGACACGAGAGCAGCCCAGCUCUCGGGCGGGCAGAGGAAGCGCCUAGCCAUAGGCUUGGAGCUGAUAUGCGACCCGCCCGUCUUGUUCCUGGAUGAACCUACUAGCGGGCUAGACAGUUCAACAUCAAAGCAGAUGGUGUAUAUGCUGCAAAUGCUGGCGCACCAGGGCCGCACAGUCGUGGUGACCAUGCACCAGCCAUCAGCCGCUCUGCUGCAAAUGGUGGACCGUCUGUACGCGGUGGUGGCUGGCCAAUGCGCGUAUAUGGGCUCAGUUGAUAACCUAAUCCCUUUCUUCGAAAACCUUCAUUUGAACUGCCCGAAAUUUCAUAAUCCUGUAGAUUUUCUUAUAGAAAUAUGUGGAGAGCAGCCAGAAAAACUAGUAAAUUACAUGGAAAAUGGGCGAGACAUGCAGUGGCUUCAUAAUAUAUCUAAUGAAACUGAUGAUAAAUUAUUAGAAAUAUUUAAAACAGAUUUAUAUGAGAAAGUGUUUCUAACGGCACUUCCACCUCCAAAAGAGGACCCGACGAGUAAGAUCCUACUAGCACUGAAGAGCACGUACAGUACAUCGACGUGGAAACAAUUCACCACUUUGACCCGAAGAGCAUUACUAUGUGCGUGGCGAGACCCCCACUUCAUGCUGAUAAUGACAGGCAUCCACUGCACCAUGGCGCUGUUCGUCGGCGUGCUGUUCUUCAACAUCGGCCAGGACGCCAAGCACACGAUCGACAACUACAACUUCCUCUCCUACAGCGUCAUGUUCGUCAUGUUCACCGCCUUCAGCGCCGUGUCUAUCAGAUUCCCUUUACAAUUUCCAAUGGUGAAACGGGAGCACUUCAACCGCUGGUACAGCCCGGGCGCCUACUACGCAUCCACACUUGUAGCUGCCUUGCCCGCGCAGACGGUGUGCACGCUGUGCUACUCGUGCAUAGCUUACUGGCUCACAGGCCAGCCGCCAGAAAUCGUUCGCUUCGGAAGCUUCUGCGUCAUUCUACUGAUGGUUUCUUACACGGCUCUCUGUGUAGGGCUGCUCAAUGGCUCUUUAUUUGAUAUUAAGCACGCUAUGAUCUUCGGGCCGUUCUUCGUAAUGCCGUUCACGGUAUUCUCCGGCUUCUUCCUACACCUGCCCGACUCGCCGGCCUUCUUCCGCUGGCUGUUCCACGCGUCCUUCCUGAAGCACGGCCUCGUGGGCCUCUGUAUUACCAUUUUCGGCAUGGGCCGACCGCGCCUCCCAUGCUCCGAACUUUACUGCCACUACACGUACCCCCGAUUCUUACUCAAGGACGUUGGAAUGUUGAAUGAACAAUAUUCAGUUGUUAUCUUAGCUUUUGCCGGUAUUGUGUCCGUAGUUAUUCUGUGUACAUAUAUUUCAUUAAAAAUUAGACUCAAGUGUAAGUGGUAAAGUAUUAUAUUAGGUUUAAUUGAGAUUUUGGAUUGAUGAGAGUUGCCAUGUUAUGUUGUAUCAAGUUUAAUUUAAAUUUACAGGUAGGUAGUAGGUAAGUCAUCGUAUUAAGUGUCGGGUUAGUGGGAUGGUGCAAGUGGCGCUAAGUAGGUUGUUUAGAUAGAUACAAUGCUAGUCACAUAAACCAGAAAAUAAAAAGUCCGCCAAUAAUCGGUACAGUACUGUGACAUAUUUUUCUUAUAUUUUAUGGGGAAUUCAACGUUGAACUCUUCGCACAAAAGGAACCUGAUCACUCAGCAUCGCCUCACGAUUAAGCUGCUGUUCUUACAAUUGGAACUGUGUAAUUAUAAAAUGACAACUUGUAGUCUGUGUGUAUGUAAGAUUAUAUUUUGUCCUAUAUGGGUAUGUCCUGUACGUGUUGUUUUACCUGACGUUGUUACUCAAUUAUAUGUUGUUGUUACGUCACGUUGUUGUUUGAGGCGCUGGUGGCCUAGCGGUAAGAGCGCUCGUAGCCAAUGAGUUUUCAGAACUUAUGUACGAAAAAUUAAUUGAUAUUUACGUCGCUUUUCGGUGAAGGAAAACAUCGUGAGGAAACCGGACUAUAUGAGGCCUAGUUUCCCCUCUGGGUUGGAUGGUCAGAUGGCAGUCGCUUUCGUAAAAACUAGUACCUACGCCAAUUCUUAGGAUUAGUUGCGGACCCCAGGCUCCCAUGAGUCGUCGCAAAAAUGCCAGGAUAAUGCGAGGAAGGAGGAUGAUGAUGGCCCACGUUGUUGUUUUAGACAGGUAACUGCUCAAAAUGUAAACACAUGCAUGAUCAUGGUUAUUCAGCCAAUCAUAUUUUGUAUUUAUUGUAUUGGCUCAAUGAUAGAGUCACGUGUUUUUGUUUACAACAUUAAGGGUCGGUUGCACCAAACUGUUUGUCAUCGUUAAAGAGUUCGCUAAAUUUUAUUGUAUGGAAAGUUUCAUAGUAAACCGCCGCGACGCGCCGGGUGACGUGGAUCAGUCUGUCAAGUGCGGAUGGUGCAACUGGCACAUAGAGUCAUAAAAGAUAUAAGAGUCAAUUUGUGUUAAUUAUAAAACUUUUUGAAUUAUUUCAUGUUUCAAAAUUUAUAAUUUUGGUAUUUAUGUGGUGAUUUAUAAAGGUAUUGUCAUUUCAUAUUAAUAUGAAUGUAGUUUAUAAGUAGGUAGCUACCAAACAAUACCUAUGCUUUACUCUGUAAAUAUAUCAGAAGGCACCAAACAAGUAAUUAUAUAUACAACUAGGUAUAUUAGGGCAAUUUUUGAUGUGUAUGUAUGUUUUAAUUAUGCAUAGGUGCUCAUAUAGCGUUGAUACACGAGUGUGAACCUACGCAUAUAUAUGUGAUUUAGUGCAAUUGUAAUUAAAAUCCCUAAGUUCUAUUUACUGGUUUGCCAUUGUUUUAUGUCAUCGGUACGGGUAUAAUAAUAUUAAAUUAAAAAGCUUUAAAUAAAAUAAAAAAAUAUCAAAUCGAAGACUUGUACUACCUAAAACUUGUAUUAUGGGUACAAUACGUGGGUAUUUAUAUACUUAUAAUUAUGAAAUAACUUACAAUCUGUACUUACUCAAGAGAAAAUAAUAAAGGUACACUUAACCUCUUAAAGAUUCAUGAACAUGGCUGACUAAAGGUCUAAUAAUGCCCAACAAGACCAAUUAUUUGUGCGACAAUACACAUAACAAAAACAAAUAUUUUCAUCAUAUAUAGUAUAUAAACAUCUACGUCCAAGAGUAUGUAAUUAUAUAAGUAGGUAAAUAUUUAAAGAAACCGAUAAAGAUAAAGAUAGUUUAUUAUUCAAGUAGGCAUAAUACAAUGCGCUUAUGAACGUCAAAUAAAGCUACACCGGCUCUAACCUUACACCUUUGCCUCGAAAAUAUUUAAAUACCCCCUCAAUUGGAGGA